AUGACCGCCAGAUAUGGAGUCAACGCUAUUUCAAUGGGAUGCAUUCCGUACGACGAUGAUACUGCAUCGUUGUAUCAUGUCAGCGCUCCCCGAAGCCUGCAUGAUGAUCAAGUCCAAGGGGCUGCUCUUGAGGAAGCAUUCCGAUUGCUGUUUGAUGCGGUGAAAGAAAUGAAGGACAAGGCUCCAAUGUUCAAAACCAUCCUGAACAACCUCAACGACACUCUAGAAUAUCUGGAACCUUUGAUUACAGAGUUUAACAUGCCAGAGGAGGAAGCAACAAAAUUUCAGUUAGAAAUGAAGAAGGGUGCGGAGCUCGUUCGAAAGUGCUCCGAGGUUCAUCGGAGUAACUUUUGCAUUAAGAAUCGUUACACCGCUAAGCUGCGUAAAUUGGACAAGAUUCUUAAGAAGUUGUUAAAUGAUCCACCUCAACUCCCAUCGAUCACUGUCCGAUUGGACGCGCCGUUGACUGAUUUAAAGGAGAAGCUUCUAAAUAAGAAUGGCACAUCCAUUGUAAUAGUGACUGCUCCAGGAGGAUGUGGGAAAACCCUCUUGGCACAAACGUUCUGUCGUGAUGGACAUGUCCGAGAGAAAUUCAAGAGCAACAUCUUCUUUGUUACCGUUUCAAAAACGCCACCUAGCCUGAUUCUUGUCGUACAAGAACUAUAUAAAUACAAGAUGAAUAUGGUGCCUCUUCUUCAAAACGAAGCAGAUGCAGCCAAACGCUUGAAACAAUUUCUGAAAAGACUCAAAUCCAGGCCUAUAUUGAUGGUCCUCGAUGAUGUUUGGCCGGAAGCGGAGUCCCUUAUUAAGAAGUUUGUUUUCAAAAUAAGAGACUACAAGAUUUUGAUAACAUCAAGAUACGAAUUACCAAAAUUUGCCCCUCCAUACCAUUUGAGCCCUUUGAAUGAUGAAGAUGCAAUGACUCUUUUCCGUCACUCAGCAUGCUGGGAAGAUGGGGAACCGGGCAUUCCAGAUUAUAUUGUGAAAAAGGUAUAUGGUCAGUCUGCAAUAUCUACAAAACAUAUAUGCAUAUUUUUCCUUUCCAAAUGGAAAUGGAAUGAAUGAAUUGAUGUUUGACAAUAUUCCAAUUCGUAUGAGCAUUCAAUCUGUGUAUGAUCGCGUUUAAUAUCAGAACUGGGAGAUCAAAUCUGUAAAGCAAAAAAUCUUCCUUCCCUAACUUAAUAUAUGU